AUGUCGCCCGUGGGAAUGAACACACUGCGUGAGGGAGUCCUCGUUCGGUUGAGAGACCCGUCGACAGGGCGAUUGCGCGCAUUUGUGAGCGUGGACAGCGAGGAAUGUGAUUUAGGGGCUGUGCGCGGCGCGCUGCGCGUUCGAGAUGAAGGCGUUCGAGAAGAGAGCGGGGACGCCGCUGCGACGUUCGAGGUAUUCGAAGAGACGGUGUGUGAAGACGACGUGCCGAUGACGACGUAUUACGGUUUCGCGCACGGCCCAACGGGGUUGAUGUUACAGCGAAAGAAACGUGGUUUGGACAAGUUGGCUUUUUGUUCAAAUAAGUUUGGCGUGAACGAGCAAUUCAGAGCAAUAGAUCUCGAGCAUGGGAUCGUCAGGUUGAUCAACAGGCGGUGUCCGGGUACGUUCGACGUCAAGAUCGAGAUUGUUGGAUCCGCGGCGACGGCGAGUGGGAGCGAAGAGCGCUGCGUGCGUGUGUUGAGCGGCGAUGCGUCGACUGUGGAGGUCGAAGCGGGUUUCGAUCGCAUGAUGCGCAUCGUCCGCGAGCACCAGACAAGCACGCACGCCUUUGAAGUUCUUUCUCGCCAUUUCAUGGCGAUAAGCGACGAGAAGAAAAUUCGGAGAAUUUUUGAAGCUUGGCGCAAACACACCUCUGCGACGCGAGCACACAGUCGUCUCGUGCGUCGCUCUGCGGUGUUCCGUGGCGAGCGCGUGGUGAUGAUCGUUCGCAGGGUGUUCAAAGAGUGGCGAGAAAUGAGCGCACGUGCUAAAAUAGUUGCGAUCAAGGCUGAUGAGAAGUUCACGAAGUUGAAGGCACAGCUUGCCUGGGAGUAUUUCAACGCAUGGAGGAUUCGUAUCGCGCGAGAUAAGUGGUGCCAUCUCGCGGCAGCGACGUUCGUUAGGAAGUCCGAGAGGCAGCGCGCGCGCGUCGUCGUGGGUGCUUGGCAACGCGAGGCGCAACGUCUGAAAAUAGAUCGCGAAAAGAGGAGAAGGGCGGAUCGAAUGAUGUUGGAGUUGACGAAUCGUAAGCUCUAUGUGGCAUUUUAUUCGUGGCGAGGCGCGGCGCAUGCAAGUCGCGAACUCCACGCCAAGGCGUGUCAGAGUGUCGCCAGACUCUCGUCGAGAUUGAUGUUCAAGGCUUUUGUCGAGUGGCGCUCGGUCAUGGACGACGCUCGAGCCGAGAGAAGGCGCGGGCAGAAAGCUAUGCUGUGGUCUUUCGCCAGCGCUCAGAGACGAGCCUUUGCGAGCUGGGUCGAAUGCGUGCGCGAGCAAAAGCGUCUGAGGAGAAUCAUCGCCCGAUGCAUAGAUCGUCGAAAGACGAUUUUGUUGAAAACUGUGUUCGAUACGUGGAGGGAAGCGCGAGAUCAAACGCAAUCGCGCCUCGUUUACUUGGAAAAGUACAUUCUGCACUGGAAGCAACGAAGACUUCGGCAUGCGUUCAGAGUCUGGAUCGAGGGAAUCGCACACAUGAAAUACGCGCGCUCGCAGGCUGAAUGCAUACGAGAAAAAAUCCAAGAAAAAUCAAAGGCUGCAUUAUUGAUGUUAUCAUUCUGGGAGUGGGUGCAAAUCACCGAACAAGGCCGACGAAGACGUCUCAUCGAGCAACAUGAUCGAGACGCUCUUGGCGAACGAUACGAGCUCUAUGUCAGAAUCAAGUCGACUAGAAUGAUGAGAUCGGCAUUCGUGAGUUGGUACAAAUUCGCUGAGGUCCAAAAGUAUCAGCGAUCGACACUGUCGUGGUGUCUAAAUCGCAUGACAUCUCGUCUACUGUUCAAAGCGUUCAACGUAUGGAUGCAAGAGGUUGAGAACAGGAAACGUGAGUGCGAGUUGAUGCGUUCAACCCUGAUGCGUGCAUCCAACCAGGUAAUCUCUCGCUCGUUCAACGCCUGGCGCGCAGCGACCGGCGAAGCAAUCAACGCAAAAAUUAACUUGCGAAAAAUGGAGAAGAUCAUAAACUUGCAGGCGAAAUAUGCCGCGAAGGAGCGUCUCAGGCGUGUAUUUGUGAUUUGGAGAGAUCACGCGGCAUCAUCCUGUCACCAACGUCAAAUGGCAGCGAAGACCAUCGCAUCGAUGAGAAAUCGUGUGCUAACGUCAGCGUUUGAGAGAUGGAGAGAGUCUACGAAAGAAUACGCGCAGCAGCGCCGCAUGCUCACGCACAUCGCCCAGAAAAUGCAGAGAAAUAGUCUGCGACUUGCAUUCGAUACCUGGGCGGUCGUAGCUCACGACGCAAAGGUGUACCGAGGCAUACUUCGCAAGGUGAUGCUGAAAGUGUCGAAGCGCAAGCUUCAGUACGCAUUCAAUGGCUGGAACGCUCGCGUGCAGGAGAUUAAAAGACGGCGCGCUCUCCUGGCGCGAGCCGUCUCACGAUUCACUUAUCGUUGUCUGCAUGUCGCUUUCUAUGACUGGGCGAGUACUGUCACGAUGAUACGAUAUCAUCGACGAGUGGUUGGGAAUGUAGUGUCAAAGAUGAAGAAUCGUAUUUUAGUGAGUGCUUUCGAAAAGUGGAGGCAACGCGCUAGUGAGGAGCGCAUUGAGCGAUGGAAAAUGGAUCGAGCACUCACCCGUCUGACGCAGCGUGUGCUGUUCACCGCAUUCAAUACUUGGCAUGAACAGGUAUGCACAAAGAAACGAUACCACGCAAUCAUAGCACGAUUUUAUGAGAGAUUCAGGGAUAGGUCCUUGAGGGGCACAUUUAGCACGUGGGUAGCGGUCACCAGAGAGGCUAAAGAACACAGGCUUGCGAUUAUUAACGGUGAGAAACUUCGGGAGAACAAAUUAGCGCAACUUAUUGGAAGCGCAAGUCGACGAACGAUGGGAUAUGCUUUCAUGGAAUGGCGAGAUCGUGUGCGUGAGAACAAAGCCAUAAAAGUGAACGAAAUCAAGGCAGAUCGUAUGGUGGUGCGUAGUCGAAUGCGAUCUCUCUCUCGUACCUUCGAUCAAUGGUUAUCAUUCGUUCAUCUGAGGCGUCGCACGGUUGAAAUGGCGCGCAUCUUUGUCAAGCGUGCCGAACGCGCACACUUGGCUGCUGCUUUUGGUGGUUGGUUGGACGUAGUGAAAGUACGUAAACGGAAUAGGGCACUGGUGACGAAGAGUUUACAACGAAUGCGCCAUCGCCUCGCAGUGAACGCGUUUUAUUCCUGGCUUGAAUAUGUGGAGGCUACUCGCGCUGAGCGCUCAAGCGAGAGACGUAUUGCGCACCUGGUGAGCUCCUCGUUGGCUAAGCUUCAGAACAGAACUAUGAGUCGAGCUUUCAACGCAUGGUAUUAUCGGACUACAGAGCACAAGCGUCAUCUUAUUCUUGUCACGAAAAGCUUGCAUCGCAUGCGUCAUCGAGUGCUCAGUGAAACAUUUGCUGGCUGGUUCUCUCAAGUUGUGAUAUUGAGACGUCAGAAAGAGCUUGUAGCAACGAGCUUACAGCGCAUGCGCCGAAGAGUACUCUUCAAAGCUUUCAAUGGUUGGGCGAGCUACGUGAGGCAGCUGCAAUCGUUCAGAGUCGUUGAACGUCGACUGCAGAACGUUGAACGCGCCGUUGCGCCUCUGAGCGUGACGCAUUCCUCUAUGCAGGACAUGCUGCGAGUGAACAUGGCCAUUCGUUGGGGUACGGCGCGUAACACACGGAUUCAUAGGAAUCCCACGUUUGUGGCUUGGCUGGAUUACUCACGGCGAAUGACUGCUCACAGAAACUGUACGGUGAUGAAGAUGCACGAUAUUCUUGCAGACAGGGCGAGACGAAAAUUUUUCUUUGCGUGGAGGCAGUUUGUAGAGGUACUCAAGUACCGUCGGUUGAGAAUCGAAUACAAGAGAAAAUGCAUGAUUCGCAAAGUGUUUGCCAAGUGGAAGUCCAAUGGUCAAAUGCCGGACGACGUCCCGCGCUCGUUGAGCGUGGCAAAAGUUGAGCGUGUAGAGCCGAUUUCAGCUCAUUGGGAUUUCAACAAGUCAUACGAGGAAAAUGUACGAACACUUACCCAAGGUCGAGCUGCUCAACCGAUGAGUCCUAUCGCUCACGGCUCUCGUUACUUCACUCCAGCGGGCUCGCCAGUGACCAUUCGACCAACUGUCGUCGAACCAGACUCAUAUGAACGACAAUAUCGCGCUGUGAUGAGCGAAGUGCACACGAUGGAAGCCGAGGUUGAAGCGCUCGCACAAGUCAGAGAAAGUCUGCAAACACGAUUUGAUAUCCUCACGAGGGAUGAAAUGUUGAAAACGACGUAUGCAAGAGCCACAACGGCGUCAGAAGCGCUCUUGCGAGAGACUAGAACGUAUUAUAGCGAAAGGAGAUUCAGCGAGCCGUUUUCACCGGUGAAGGCGUCUCGAAUGUAG